UUUCACAUUUCGGCAUAGAUUGAAUCAAAAAAUUUAAGGUACCGGAAAACAAUUUGGAAAGUAAAAACAGAUUUAUUAUCUGGGUAGAGAUAUAAUUUGAAGUGCGACAAACAUGAUGUUUUCUUCUAAACGGAUUGUAUCGAGUAUUAACGGUUUUAUCUAGGCGAUCAGUCGACAUGAAGACUGUGAAACGGUGCUAAUUAUCGCCCCGUUUUCGCACUAAUUAGACGGAUAAUUAACCAACAACACUGCAAAAAACAAAAACAAACAAAUUUGAUACAAAGAAUUUUGAGAAAGAAAACAGGAUUUGUUUGAAUUAAGUUAAUGUUUUGUUGUUUUUGGAAACUUUAACUAAACGAAAGCUGUAUUAUGACGACUUUAACAGUUCCACCAGCGGAAGUAGCAGGAAUUAUCACAGGUGCCGUGACGGUGGUUAUACUAGCAACAGUGGUCGCUAUUUUAUGUUGGCGAUUUCCAACGUGUCGUUCUCGGACGUUUUGGGAUAAAAGUAUUAAAAAGGUGCUGAGAAAACUUUAUGGAAAAUGUAAGAAACAACCCAAGAAAGAAGAAAAGAAACAUUUGAUAUUUGGUCCGUUAAUCAGAAAACGGAGUAGGGAUGAACCGCCAUUUGUUGUUCCUCAGAUUUUUGUGGACUACGGAAGUAGAAGGACUUCAUAUGCUUCCGCUUCCGAUCACGUGAUGCUUGGGGCAUUGGCCCUAGACUUGCGUAGAAGUUCCGGAAGUAGCUGUGGCAGCAGACGAACUUCAUGUUCUUCUGACGUUGAUAGGAGAGGAUCGGGUAGCAGUUUAUGUAGUCGGAGAACUUCUUAUGGAUCCGACUAUGAUCGGAGAGGUUCGGGAAGUAGUAUUUGUAGCCGGAGAACAUCGUUAAUUUCCGAUCCGUCCGAUAGGAGAGGAUCCGGGGCCAGUAGUAGAAGUAGUAGAAAGGGGUCAGAUGGAAGUCGGUUCGACGAUACUGACGUUUCAUUUGCAGAUUUUUCUGAUUCCGAGACGCUUGAGGCAGAAGAAAUGGCGCGAGAACACGGAAUGAGGGGAAGCAUAGCUGGUAUCACGGUCGGAGGUGUCGGUCGGAGGAUCAGUGUAGAUGCUGCUGCUUUAGAGGGAAGACAAGUCCCUCCUUACAGAAGAAGUCAUUCAUUAGCAGAGCUAAAGAAGCCAUUGAGACCGAUACCAUACGAAGGUCGACCUAAAGUAACUGAUCAGAGGCGAUCAACAUUAUCAUCAUUAGUCAGUAGCAGUAUACAGGCCUUUGACCAAACAGGUGCUGCCGUGCCACAAACUUACCUUAAGAAGAAAAACAGGAGAAGUCCCGGAAUUGGGUUGCCUGAUACCCCUGUAGCUCUACAUGAUCUGAAUCUGGAUGAAUUGGUACCACGCUACGCUCCACCUGUCAGUCCUACUGGUAAACUCAAAGUCCAGUUACAGUUUACAGACGAUAAACAUGCUAUAACAGUGAUCAUUAUCGAGGCCCAGAAUUUGAUCAUUCCUGGUAUUCCUAAAGAUGUGGACGUCAAUCCUUACGUCAAGGCGUUUCUUGUUCCAGGAAGGGCUGUUAAAUAUAGAACAAAAACAUUCUCGAAAACAAAGAAUCCGUUAUUUUUGGAGAAAUUUUGCAUUAAGGAUAUCGUACCGAGUGAAAUAAAUGAAGACUCGGCCAUAGAAUUCCAGGUGUAUUCAUCACAUCACGUGUCACGUCGCCAUCUUGUCGGAGUCGGAUCAGUAAGAUUAAUGGAUGUAGAAAACCUGAGUACUGGACAAGUCGAUUUAACUCUUUAUCCCCAAACAGUUUACAGGUUACAUCAAGGUGAUUUAAGAAUAUCCGGUUGUUAUCAGCCAGUGGCGGGAAAAAUCGUUUUCAACGUGUUGGAAGGAAGAAAUCUACCUAGGGUAUCAUUACUCGGAGCAAUAAAUCCGUAUGUUAAAGUUGAGAUGUAUGUCAAUGGUAUCCGGGAAACUAAACAUAAAACUAAAGUACGUCAGAAUACCCAGGAUCCAGUGUGGCAUCAUCAGUGUGUGUUCGAUAUCAACAGAGAGAAUCCCAAAUUACUGGGUCACGUGUUCGUAUUUCACGUGUUACAUAAAGAUAUGAUGACAGGUGUUCAUAAGAUUGGUCAGGUCGAUCUGGGGUGGUAUAGUCAUGGUGAACAGUUAGAACAUUGGUACGAGAUAAUGGAACACCCACAUCGUGCUACAGAUUACUGGCAUCCAAUCAUCAAGACGAACAAAAUAACUUCAUGACGUCACACAACAGGCUAUCAACCGUUACUAUGGGAAUCAGCAGACAUUUCCAUAACUUUUGCUUCAUCAGGAACGAUAAUCAUCGUUUCCAAAACGAGUCCCAAAUUGCAUAUUUUAAUACAUUUUUAAAGUUGGUGUUAAUUAUUUAAAAUAAUUAUUGAUUUAUUGAUUGAUUUCAUAUAACUGCUAAUUAAUUCAUGUGUUUUAUUCACAAAUCACUACUAUUUUAAUUUUAUUUUUACAACCAUUUAUAAACAACCUUUAACAAUAGUCACUGUGUGUUUCAGUUUUAUAAUCUAUUUUAUUAUUUACACGCCAGGGUCCUGUUUCUUGAAAUCUUAACUAAAGAUAAAAUCCAAAUUUUAGUAGAUACUUCAAUUUUGAUUGGCUAAGUACAAAAAUCAAUCUAAUAUUAUCCAAUCAAAUUACUAAAAUUUGGAUUUUAUCGUAGUUAAAAUUUCGUGAAACAGACCCGUGGUCAGCCCAUACAAAUACAUUUAAUUAACAUUCCAUUAUAUUGGAGCUGUAAAGGAAUUGUGAAGCAUAUCAGAUACCUUGACUGCGUUGGACAAGCAUUUGAAUAUUUUACCCAAAAGUAAACAAAACAUAUCAAUUAGGUUCACUCUGUAAAGUUAUGUGAAGUGUUGGCCAUUUUAAAAUAUUUUAAAACAAAAUAUAUCAAUUAGGCUUACGCUUUAAAGGUGCCUGAUACCUCGACUGCAUAAGCCAAUUUUGUAUGUUUUACCGCGAAGUAAACAAAAUGCUAUCAAUUUUAGUAAAGAUAUUGUGAAGUAGACCUAAAACCUCGAGGGUACUGUCCAAUUGCGAAUAUUUUACGGUUAAGUUAACCAAAUUAAGUCAAUGAUUCUGAUAUCGCAGACCUCAAAAGCCCCAUUGAAGUUGGCCAUUUCUCUACUCAACGUUUAUUUCUUUACAGCGAAGUUCAAAACAAACGUGGUGUAAAAAUGAAAUAUAAUUUUGAUAAUUUUGAAUGUUAAAGAAAUAUGUCUUGUUUUGUUCACCUAUUGCAGUAUUACGCUGAUAUUAGAAACUGGGGGUUUUUUUUAGACAGAAUAACAAAAGCAGCCCCUUGGUUCCUCUGAAUAUUAAAAGCAGAUAUCAAUUCUGCUUUUCAUUCAUUGAACAUUUUAAAACUAUUAUAAUUACAAAACAAUAUGAGGGCAGAAGAUCUUUAAACACCACCUUAAUGGAGCUAAAUUGCUAAUAUUUUGAACCUCGAAAUUGACGCAAAUGGGUCGCAACACGUAUAAUAAUGUAAUAUGAAUGUAUAUAAACUGAUUUACAUUCAAUUUUUUCCGUUUUUACUCUAAUUUCAAAUCAGUUAUGUUCGGCGAAAUACGCCAGAAGUCUUAACAGAAUGGCAAUCUUUAGCAUCUGGUUUUUUCCAGUCUACACCGAUGGUAUUUAUUGUGCAUGCUCUUCAGAUAAAACUAUGGCGUCACGGUUUGGCAUGACUUGUGGAAUAUGUCUAGUCUCGUUCUUCGAUUACCUUGUUACAAAUGGCGACGAUACGCAUUCUGGUACACGAUUCGUGUACCAAUGAUAAAAUGUUUAUUUUGUAUUAAAUAUUGGAUAUCAGAAGCCCAUCUUUUCCCGGUAAGAUCACAACAUCAAUGUUGAUUUAAAUUGACAAAUAAUUCGUGUUUUCAAUGUCGAAGACUGUGGAUGAUAUUUAGUUAAAGAUUAGCUACUUUAAAUGACAAUAUAAAAAUUCAUUUACCAUUCUGAUUUGGGGUGUACGCCAUCUUUUCUGUUUUGUUUUGAUUCUAGAAAGUUAAAUUUGAGAUUUGUUCCUAGCUGAGUUCUUCUGGUUUGUAGACAUCAGUUAAAUCUCUGUACCUACAGUUGAUAGCCUUGUGUGUAGCUCUAUUUUAUUUGACCAAAUUAAAUGAGUUCUUUAUCCUAUAGCUUCAGAGAAUAAUUAUUAUUAUUAUUAUUAUUAUUAUGUGUUUAG